UCAAUUUUAGGUAAAAGUAUUUAAAUCGAAAGGCGCGGACAGGAAGCAUAAAACAGAUCGGGAACGGCUGACCAAACAGCCGGACAGUGCCCUCUACUACCAGCCCUCAUACGACUGCACACUAUUCACGUUAUUCAGCGAAGACGACGUAUUUCAUCCGACAUCCAGUUCCCCACCCGAUAGCGAUUGUCCGUCUACUCACUCCAUCAGUUCCACUCAUUCCUCGUCAGCCAUCACCGCAUCAGACAUCACACAGAAUAUCGCCACCUCUUCCACCACAUCCUAUCAGUCCCCACAGUCUUCACAUCCAUCUGACGAGUGCUUACCAUCAGUUUCAUCGGGCAAAACAGGCCUCCCCUCCGACGCCACACCUACCGAGACGUACGAAUGGCUAAACCGGAAUCGUUUCCAUCGACUGACGGAUGUGUUGAUGAACUUCUCGUCGGAAGACUUGAGACGAUUAUCGCGCGACGAUUUAAUCCAAAUCUGCGGCCUUUCGGACGGCAUUCGGUUAUACAACACGAUUCACGCCAUUCAGAGCACCACCCGAUUGACUAUCUUUGUUACCACAGAUGGGAAAGUCCACAACGGAAUCUACUUGAAGUCCUUAACUCAUGAGGAGCUGCGCCACCGUCUCAUCGAAGCACUGGGUAUUACCGGCAUAACUGUCCGCAACAUAUACCUCAUCGGACCAAAUGAUAUCAGGAUUAUGUUAACCAAUAAUGUGGUCCUGAAUAUGAAGAAUGAGUCCAUUUAUAGCUGUACUAUAGAUAAAGAUCAAGAAGAGUAUGAUUUAGUGCUUCAAUCGACUGCCGGCUAUUAAGCUAUUUAAUGGACCCUCGCUAUAGUGAACAACUCAUAAUCAGUUCAUUUCUACUCUACUUUAUAUACUAGUUAUACAGUGUAUUUUAGUGCCAU